AUGCUAGCAUCGCUCUGCCGCGCGCCGUUCUCACCGCCUCGUCAGGUUUGUAAUUCUGACCGGAUUCCCAAACGUUCAGAUAGCGUUCUGAGCCAUAUAUCACCAUCGGCUCUACAACGGGCAUCUUUGCCCCGGAAGAAAAGACACCACAUUUCCGUGCGCCCUAUGCCCAAUGCGCAGAAUCUGUGGUCCCCUGAACCGGAGCAUGGUCACCUAUCUGUCCUCCAUCCUCAUUUUUCUCGGAUAUCAGUAUGA